AUGAAAAACAUCCUUGCUGUCUUUGGAGCAACUGGUAUACAAGGCGGUUCAAUCAUCAACCAUGUAUUAAACGACCCAGAGUUAUCUCAAAUUUACGAGAUCCGUGCCAUCACUCGAGAUACGACCUCAGACAAAGCCAAGAAGCUCAAGGAGAAGGUCACCGUCGUCGAAGGCGACGUGUUUGACCCAGCUUCUCUCGCAACAGCUUUGAAUGGUGCUCAUACCAUCUUCGCCAUGACAACACCCUCGUUCACUCCCGACGCUGUUGAAAUCGAGUCCAACAGUGCAAAGACAAUUGCCGACGUCGCCGUACAGAAAGGAGCUCAGUACAUCAUCUUCAGCACCCUACCCUCAGUCACUGAGCUCUCCGGUGGCAAAUACACCCAUGUCACCCCGUUCGACGCCAAAGCUGUGGCCGAGAAAUACAUUCGAAGUCUUCCCAUCAAGAGCGCCUUUGUCUCGUACGGAUUCUUCAUGGAGAAUUUCCAUACCCAACCCUUCUUGGGUCCUCAAAAGACUUCCGAUGGCACUUGGGUUCUGGCCCGGCAUAUCUCUUCGAAGCACAAGGUACCAUACAUCGACGCUACCGGAGACGCAGGAAAAUUCGUUGGUGCUAUCCUCGCCGAACCGGAAAAGUAUGCAGGCAAAACAUUCUGUGCCGCGCAGGCAUUGUAUAGCUUCGAUGAAAUAGUCGCUAUUUUGUCCAAGACUACAGGCAAAACUGUCGUGUACAAGCAGAUCUCGCUUGACGACUUCGAGAAGAGCCUACCGUUUGCGCCUGUUCUGUUUUCGGAGGGGCUCAGCUUUCUGGAGGAGUUUGGAGGAUACUUUGGUCCUCUUACUGAUGAGUUGGUUACUUGGGCUGCAGGGAACAUCAAAGGAAGACUUACGACCCUUGAGGAAUUCCUGAGGGCAAACCCACUUCAGCUUGUGUGA